GCAUUAUACUACCUACUCCAUCUUGUCCUCCUACUUCGCAUUUUCUGUCUUGAAGAGACUAGAUGCUAAAAUCGUCAUACCUCGAUAUCUAUCCCCAGACCCCAGGGUGAGAUAAGAUCGUUUCCAAUUCGUAAUGAAGAUAGUGAUCGAAGCCCGGCCAAAGUGCACAGACUCGGACUUCUACCACCAAACUUCAGUCGAACCGCUUACAACUUCACUUAGGGAUCAAGUCUCUGGCGUCUGACCGUAUAGUACAGGUCUUGUCGAGUUGGCUUCGUCUUUACGUUAUGGCCUAUUUCAAAAGGCCACGAAGAUGAUUUCAACGGGUCAGCUGGGCUUAUUGAAAAACUCGAUCAUUCCCUUUCUCCCCGUCUCUUUGUUCCAUCUCUACUUUCAUCUGUGAAGCUCACUGUCCUGAUUCGUAAAUUAUUCCUCUAACCCAUACCCACCUCCCAACACCUCACCUGAAUCUAUUCCUGCGACUCUCGACUCGCAAUGGACGCUCCUACUCUUCAGCCCAAGUUCCUGCCCUCGCGCAACGAGCUGGGUCUCGUUGCUGUUGGCUUCUGCGGAGGCCAGGGUAAAUCCGGCGUCGAUGCCGCUCCCAUGGCCUUGAUAGAGUCUGGUCUCGUUGAGCAGCUGAGAGAAGAGCUCGAGUUCAACGUGCACUACGACGGCGAGGUUCACCAAUACGCCGAGAUCAUCCCCAAGGAAGAUCCCGACUACCGCAACAUGAAGAACCCUCGCGCAGUCAGUGCCGUCACCCAGGCUCUCAGUGAGCAGGUUUACGAGCACGCUCGCCAGGGCCGCUUCGUCCUGACGCUCGGUGGUGACCACUCCAUCGCUAUUGGCACCAUUUCCGGCACCGCCAAGGCUAUCAGAGAAAGAACCGGCAGAGAGAUGGCCGUCAUCUGGGUCGAUGCACACGCUGAUAUCAACACUCCCGAGACAUCGGACAGUGGUAACAUUCACGGCAUGCCCGUGGCCUUCCUUACUGGCCUGGCCAAGGAAGACAAGGAGGACUGCUUCGGUUGGAUCAAGGAUGACCAGCGUGUCAGCGUCAAGAAGCUCGUCUACAUCGGUCUGAGAGACAUUGACCGUGGUGAGAAGAAGAUUCUGCGCGAGCACAACAUCAAGGCCUUCUCCAUGCACGACAUCGAUAGAUACGGCAUUGGCAAGGUCAUGGACAUGGCUCUGGGCUGGAUUGGCAGCGACACCCCCAUUCACUUGUCCUUCGACAUUGACUCGCUCGAUCCUAUGUGGGCUCCCAGCACUGGUACUCCCGUCCGUGGAGGUUUGACUUUGCGUGAGGGUGACUUCAUCGCCGAGUGCGUACACGAGACUGGCAGCCUUGUCGCCUUGGACUUGGUCGAGGUCAACCCUAGUCUCGAGGCUCACGGCGCUAGCGAGACUGUUCGUGCCGGUAUCUCUAUCGUCCGUUGCGGUCUCGGUGACACUCUGCUUUAGAUGUCGCCAGAUAGUUGAGUGUGGAUGCAGUGUCGCAAAUGCGUGAAAAUGACUGCGGUCGGUUUAGCGUUGGCGUUGGCGCUGAUGUUAUGUAUUACGGUUUUCUUACUAUAGAGCGAUACCUAGUCAUGGGGUUUAUUAAUGGCCA